AUGUCAACAACACCCACGGAUCCUGACGACAGGAUACAUUUCGUGCGUCGACAUCGAGGACCGAAUGUAUUCCCCAACUUCUAUUUCUUCAGCCGUCUGGUGCGGCUUUCCUACAACAAGGAACUAGUGGCUGUCAAAGACUUGACCUUCGGCUACACUGCCAGUUAUGCACAGCUUCUGACAGACGUUCUCAAUUUGAGGAAUGUGCUACUCUCUGGCUUCAGCCCGGAGGUUGUUGCUAAAUUGGAUCGAGAUGAGGAAGUCUUUGUUAACCUCCUUGGACCAGCCGGAUAUGAGUUCACCGUGGCCUUUCUAGCUCUGAUUGCACUGGGAGCUGUGACCGUGCCAAUCUCACCAGAUUUACCAGUCAAAGAGGCAUCUUACUUUGCCACUAGAUCUCGCGCCGUCGCUGUGAUCACAGCCAAACGCAGCAUCACGCUAGGCCAAAAUCUAGAGCAAUGGAUGCAAGAUACGGGUCAGUCUCAGUACAGGUCGAUUAGCAUCACACCACAUAUCAUGCAGCCUUGUCUGGAUCCAGAGCAAUUUCAAGUUUCCUCGGAUCCAUACUUGGACCUCAAUCGCUCCGGUUUGGUAAUCUUUACGUCUGGUACCACUGGUCCUCCCAAAGGAGGCGUCAAGCGUCGAGGCUUUCUUAUUGAUGUUGCACUCAGCUUCGGCGAUCAACAUGGCAUCCGGCAGGGGGACGUUGUUCUGCACGUGCUGCCUGUACAUCACGCCACAGGUAUCACUGUGACUCUUCUACCUUUUCUGUGGUACGGUGGGCAGAUUGAAUUCAGGUCUGGCGGCCUCGACGUACCGUGGACGUGGGAACGGAUACGACAGGGUGGCCUAACCUACUUCAGUGGGGUGCCCACAAUAUACAUGAGACUGAUGGCACACUACGAGCAACACUUGUCCAAACUACCGCCAGAUCAGUUGGAACCUUACAUAAAGGGUGCAAAUGGCUUUCGAGCUUUGCUUUGCGGUACGUCAGCGCUUCCUCGUCCGCUGCAGCAGAAAUGGAGUAGAAUAAGGAAUGGUCGACCCAUCCUUACUCGUUACGGUGGAACCGAAUUCGCGAAUGGAUUCACGGUUACGCCCUGGGCCACAGGCGUCCCUGAUGGCUCGGUCGGUGAAAGAGCGGCUGGAACCGACUUGUAUCUCUCAAACGGCGACGAAGGUGAGAUCCUGACCAGGAGUCCUAUUAUGUACUCAAAGUAUCUCUACGAUCGUGAGGCCACAAAGAAUUCUAUGGAUGAGAACGGGUAUUUCAAAACCGGAGAUAUCGCACGCCGGGAGGGAAAGCAUUACUUUAUCCUGGGACGAGCGUCAAUAGAUAUCAUCAAAUCGGGCGGAUACAAGCUGUCCGCAUUAGACAUAGAGAGGGAGAUAUUGGGCUUAGACUACGUUUCGGAAGUCAUGAUUGUUGGAGUUGACGACGAGGAAUUCGGUCAAAGAGUUGCUGCAGCCAUUGUGCUGAAGCCCGAAGGUCCAAAGACAUUGACUUUGGAAAAGCUGCGACAUGACUUGAAAGACAGUCUUGCGGGUUACAAAAUGCCCACCUUAUUACGAAUUGUUGCCGAGUUGAAGAAGAAUGCGACAGGGAAGGUCAUGAAGAAAGUACUGGUCAAAGAAUUGUUCCCUUCCGAAGGUUCCUCUGAGGUGCAGGCAUGGAUAUCGCGGAAGACCAAGGGCAAGCUGUAG